AUGCGGCACGACAAAAGACAGACCGAUUUUAGCGUGGCCCGAAAUACGCCCUAUUGGGCCCAAUCCCAAGUGUCCCUGGCCAAAGACAGUGUCUGGCUCUCUCCGGGCAGCGAUAGCUACUUCCCCGAGGCAUCCAACGGCGAUGUUUACAGGUAUACCUACGACUCGGUUAGCGCGAUGGAUACCUAUGUGUACAUGCUGCGCGAGGACGGCAUUUGGAAUGGUACCCGGAGUUCGUGGGUAGGAACAUCGAGUACCUGGACUCUCAGCACAGCUUCGGGCCUGACUCCCCCCUACGGAUCAAUAUAA